AUGGCUUUGGAGCGGAAACACAUGGACCUUACCUCGAUUGAUGAUUCGCGGUGCGGAUUAGGCGUGAAGUGCGUCUACGGGUUCCAGCGCUUGCUCACGGAAUUCGUGGCUCUGGCGAAGAAUUCCGACGCUCCGGUCCGUGCCGUGGCGAACAAGAAUCUGAAAGCAACUCGCGGCCAUAUUCUGAAGCACGCGCAGGACAUCGCUAUCAAGAUGAGCAUCUCCGACCAGGCCGGAGGGUCCGGAGAGACGUCAGGCCGGCGACACGCGGUUGAGACCAGGCACGAUGAGCCCGAAGACGAGGAAUAUCUGGAAGCAGUGGGCGGGGAAGAAACCGAGGGGGCGGGUGAAGGGGAUGACGACGGUAACGCGGGUGAAGGGGAUGACGACGGCAAGGACGGUGAGCAGCGAGACUGCAAUGCCGCCGCUGCUGCUGCCACCGAGAAGGCCACGGUUGACACUCACGAUCGGACUGCCGCAGCAAAAACCGCGCGAACCAAGACCUCGGCCCAGGAACCCUCCGCGCCUCAAGAGCAGCCUGCUGCUGGCGCGAACGAGGAGUCGAAUAUUCCGCGCCACACGUUAUCCGAGCUGCUGAAAUGGCCACUGUCAACGCUCGCGCACGAGGUGCUCCGGCUGGAAGGUGCUCUGGAUGAUUCGAUUCAGGCUCAGUACGACUCGGAUCACGCCCUCAAGGUUCAGCGCAAUCGGAUUCGCGGCCUUCUGAAUGAUCUUCAAGUCCAGAAGGACAAUCUGGACGCGGCCAUUACGAGGACGGCCAACAUCGCAACGCGGUUUCAAGAGGCCGAGGAAAAAUGGGCGCGGACAGUCGAGGGCUUGGUCCAGGAGCUAAGGGUUGAGCGUGGGUCUGCGACUGUGCAGCGCGAAGCCGCGGACCGUACGCUCCAUAGGUUGGAGGACACCAUGGUGGGACUGAGGGCCCUGAUUGCGGAUUCGAUUUCGGAGGCGGUGGCGCGAACGCGUUACGAGAUCGCCCCGUGGGGAAGGAUGGGGACGUUCGAGGCAGGUGUGGCGACCGCCGCGGACCGUGGAGGGGGAGGCAUCAGGUUGGCCACCGCACCCUUGCGCAUGGAACCCGCGGAAGCAACUGGGAGUGAGGAUCGUGGAUCGAAGAGGCCACCAGGGUUACCGACCCCCCGUUCACCCUCGCCGCCCUCCAAGAGGGUGAAGGGAUCGUCCGAGCAACCGGAGGCCCGAGAACCUGGCCGCGGGAGCUUGGCUCAGAAGUCCAAGGCCGCGGUUGCGCCUGUGAAGGGGGCCUCGGCGAUCGCGUUUGGAACUGGGGGGCGUCCACUGGCUGGAGCUGCCGCGAUCCAGCAAGCUUUUGUGCCCUUGCUACAGGGCGCAGAGGAAACCCCUGACGCAGAUGCGGAGGCAACGGCGGCCAUGCAACAGUGGCUGUCCAUGGUUCAGCACACAGAGAAGGCGGACGUGAAGGGAAGCGCGAAAGGAAAGGAGAAGGAGGAUCCGAAAUGGGGUGUUGGUAUUCGGAAGAACACGCGUGGCUUGUUCACCUUGGAGCUUCACCAUUCGUCACGGUGGUACUUUGGUUCCCACACUAAGCUCCCUUCCGUGCGGUUUCUGUGCGUGGUGGCACAGAUGGUGUGGAAUCAGCAGAUUCCCGAGGACAAGCUGGUUUUGACGGACGAUGAAGAAGAGGAGUGGACCCCGGAUCUUGAUGUGGCGCGGAUUAUGCACCCUGGAGUUUUCGCGGUGCUUUAUCUGCGAUGUGCCUGCGCGAGCCCCGAAAGGUCAGUAACGUCUGGUUCUGCUUUUCACGCGAUCUCUUUAAACAACACGCGAAAUUAA